CUUAAACCCUCUGCAUGGGCGUUUUACUUUAAAAACAUUGCUUACAAUUAAAUGCCAAUGUAACCGUGCCAUUGCAGGAGCCAUAAUGUGUUUAUUUAGCUAUUAAUUCAUAUUCAGCGGGGUUUAUAUCUAAACCCCUAAUUAAGGGCAGCUGCUUCUUUGAGAAGUCAUUUAUUAAGAAUGUCUUUCUCCUGGCCGUGCAAAUUAAUUGCUGAAGAUUUUUUGGCGACGGGAUUUGGGUUGGUGCUGGAUCCGGAUGCGGAACCGAGUGUUUUCCGAUUUGAUCGCGUUUGCAGACCUGCUAGAUCAAGUGAUGUACUGGCUCUUCCAAUUUUCAAACAAGAGGAGCCUCAGCCAUCUCCAGAGAGUGAUUCGAAAGUGCCCCCAUUUCAAUACGUUCUGUGUGCAGCCACGUCCCCUGCUGUCAAACUGCACGAGGAGACACUGACUUACCUGAACCAAGGUCAAUCCUAUGAAAUCCGCAUGCUUAACAACAGAAAACAAGUGUGUUGUACAGAUUUAAGCAGCAAAUAUGUUAAGAGCAUCAUCCGCGUGGUUUUUCAUGACCGACGGUUGCAGUACACGGAACACCAGCAGCUGGAGGGGUGGAAGUGGAACAGACCAGGAGACAGGAUCCUUGACAUCGAUAUCCCAUUGUCAGUUGGGAUCAUUGAGCCCAGAGCCAACCCAACCCAGCUGAACACUAUUGAGUUCCUGUGGGACCCAGCCAAAAGAGCCUCCGCAUUUAUCCAGGUUCAUUGCAUCAGUACAGAGUUUACUCCCAGGAAGCACGGAGGAGAGAAGGGCGUCCCGUUCCGGAUCCAGAUCGACUCGUUCAAACAGAACGCGAGCGGCGAGUACACGGAGCACGUGAACUCGGCAAGCACUCAGGUCAAAGUGUUCAAGCCCAAAGGAGCCGACAGAAAACAAAAGACAGACCGAGAAAAGAUGGAGAAAAGAAGCCCUCAGGAAAGGGAGAAAUAUCAGCAGUCCUACGAAACCACUUUCCUUACAGAGUGUUCUCCCUGGCCUGACCUGCCCUGUGUGACGAACACCCCUUCCCCUGGUUACAGCAGCUCUUCACCGAGCUUCAGCCUUAGAGAUGGUAGAAAUGUCUCUCCAAAUGAAGAGGGGGACCUGCUCCUUCCCAACCUCGCCGAUCCCCUCCUGCCCAACGCUUCCAUCCAAGAUGCCCAGCAGUGGCUGCACCGACAUCGCUUCUCGCCCUACUCCCGGCUGUUUGCUAAUUUCUCAGGUGCUGAUUUACUAAAGAUGUCCAAAGAAGACUUGGUCCAGAUCUGCGGUCCUGCCGAUGGAAUCCGGCUUUACAAUAUAAUCAAGAGAAGGAACGUCCGCCCACGCCUCACAGUCUAUGUGUGUCAAGAAGCAGAGCACAGCAGGGCUGUGCAACCACAGAAACAGGACCAGAGCGCCGGCACAUUGUGCGUAUACCAUGCUAUCUAUUUGGAAGAAUUGACAGCACUAGAAUUGACAGAGAAGAUAGCUAACCUAUACAGCAUUGCACCUUGCCAAAUCAACCAGAUCUACAGACAAGGACCCACAGGGGUCCAUAUCUUAGUGUCUGAUGAGAUGGUGCAUUACUUAAUCGAUGAGUCGUGUUUUGUAAUCAACACACUAAAAGCUGAAGGCAGCGAGGGCUAUCAUAUUAUUUUGAAGUGAUUUGGCUGCAGAGUACUUUUGUUGAGUGAGCAAGAAAACUCAAAGACUGGGGGGUGGGGGCGGUGAAGCCCUCGCCCAAGCAGAUGUACAGGAUAAACGUGUUUUGAAACGCUUGGAAUCUUAAUACAUGGAGUAGAAGACAAAAGAAGAAACAGGAGGGGAAGGGAAGUUGGGGUUUUUUCUUGUUGACUUAUUUGCAAGGUGUCACUGUGUGUCUUUGUCCCAUUCCUACAAGGAGCAGCACAAUGAUUGAUGUUCCAGGUAACUUGCGUCAUCUUCAGAGUAUAAUGUGCACCCUUUUAAACAUUUUGCUAGUGUUUUAUACAAGGGGUGCACGUUGUACAAGACAUACUGGCUAUAAAAGAGUUUUACAAGGUAACAGUUACAUGCGGUACACAGAUGUGUGAGUUAGUCUAGAAAUGAUGGGAAUAAUAUAUAUUAAAUUUUGUUUGAUCAAAAAAAAUGAAGAAAAGGGAAAUGGUUUUAGUAUUUUGAUAUGAUAUUUGGGAGGGGGAGGGCACUUACAUUAUAUUUAUUUUAUCAUAUCAUAAUAGUGCUGGAGAUAUGCUAUCAAAUAAGUAAAGGAAAAAUGAAGAUGGGGUUAAACAGUCUAUCGAAGAAGGGACUUCAAGUGGUCUUUCCAGAAAGUGAAAGUGCAGCGUUGGCUUCCCUUGCCAUGUGUGCUUGCUGGCGAGUGCAGUGCUGUUUUGCUACUGAAGAGAUGUGAUGAAGAUGAACACAUUCAGCUCUGCACUGCAAGUAGGAUUUAUACUUUCAUCUAUUAGGAUGUCUUUUUUUUUUCUUGCAGCAGGGAAGGUAUUAUUUUUUUAAUUUUAUUUAUUGCCUUUUAGCACAAUAUAAAUAAAAGAACAGCCAAUCUUAUCAAUUGCUUAAAAACAAUCAAUCUCAAUCUUUAGUUUUGACUCCAUUUCUGAAUCUGGGUGAAUAUUAGUCAGCUAGCUUUCAAAGCUAGAACGUGGCGUUCUAAACUGAGCAGGUAAAAACACAUUGCUCAAGGUCUCGGGUUGCUGGUUUUCUCAGUUCGUAAUGUUAGCAUGGAGGUAAUUAAGGACACUUCUAUGGCCUGUUGUGUUGUGAGGUGCACCCUCUUGGAAUGCUAAAAGCUCUCUCGAGGCACAGUGGUGUGGUGCUGGAGUACUGAAUGAGGGCAGAGUGUGGGUGCACUGCCGACCAAGCUUCCCAAACCGCUCCGGUCUGAUCCCUGUGUAGGGACCCAGACAAGACGUAUGGAUUUUAUUGAGAAAAUUGGGGGAGUUCAUUUUUCACUGCCCACUUGCCAAUAAUAUAGAAGAGCUGGUUAGGAAAGCAACUCCACAGGGAGCAGGCUGGCUCGCUUGCUCGCUCUCGUCCCUUUCAUUGUGAAUGCUCUUGAGUUCGGAUCGCUCGCUGUCGUGCCUAAUUCAUUGUGAAUGCUCUUGAGUUCGGAUCGCUCGCUGUCGUGCCUAAUUCAUUGUGAAUGCCCUUGAGUUCGGAUCGCUCGCUCUCGUCCCUUUCAUUGGGAAUGCCCUUGAGUUUGGCUCGCUCGCUCUCGUCCCUUUCAUUGGGAAUGCCCUUGAGUUUGGCUCGCUCGCUCUCGUCCCUUUCAUUGGAAAUGCCCUUGAGUUUUUGGUCCCCAGUACUGCAAUUCAUAAAACCAGCACUCUGCUUGAGAGAAGCAGAGGUAGGUGUGCAGUGUAUUCAAGUCAAGAUUAGCUUUAUAGGAUUUUCAGAGGAAGAUUUCCUGGUGCCCGGCUGUAGCCUGUGUCCCUUACUGUUCAUGUGUACUAAAUUCAGAAGCAGCAAAACUAUGGAAAAAUAAAUAAAUAUAAGUGUCAACAGAACUCCUGUUCUUAGCCUGUGUAUUUUUCCAGUGCAGGUAUUUCAUUUCUAUUUUUAUUUUAGCAUCACCUCUGGGAAUUUCACAGAUGAGUCCACUACAUGACUUGACAGUAUCGGGGUCAUUCUCUCUCUCUGCUUUUGCAGCCUGUGACAAAUGUGUCCUGGGUGCAGUGGGUGUGCCUUUUGUGCAAUGUGACAUUCAAAAAGAAAUGCGUUUUUUUGUCAAAAGGCAAAUGCAGUAUUGAGUUCUGUUUUCUUUUAAAUGGCAUUCAUGUGUGUUCUCUUUCUAAGCUUGAUGGAGGGGUGCUUUAUUUGAACCAUGUACUGAACAAGGUCCUUGAGCUGCGUGGCUUGGGCAUAGCUGGAUUUCUAGACUGUGUGUAAUCUCUUGAGUGUGCAAUAGAUACAUUUACAAACCAAGGCCAAAUGUUAACUUGGAGCUGUAAAGUACAGCUGGGGACAGAAACUUAUAUUUGAAAAGUCUGCACUUUGUCCUUGUUGACAAAAGCUUAUGAACAAACACACGGGGAGAGUAAACCCAUGAGUGGGGUUAUAAUAAUGAAGAUGGCAUGCUGCAAGAUCUCCAGGUAAUACCAUUUGAAACAGUAAUGUGAAUACAGUCAGUUGUAUGUGCACAAGGCAAUCAAGUUUCAGAUGUAUGCCAUGUACUUUGUAUUUAACCAUGAAGCGCAUACCAAAUACAAAUCAACUAAAUAUAAUGGCAUUGCUGGGGUCCUUUUCUCUUGAUGCUGUUUCAGUCUUCUAUGUUAUUACAUGUCUAACUUUGUGUUUCAAAGAUCUUUUAUUCUGUGUGUGUGUGUAUCCUGUGAGAAUGUAAGGGGUUGUAUUGCAUAUUCAGUUAAUGAUUCUUUUUUCAAUGUGUGGGGUUUUUUAAUUUUUUUUAUUUAUUCUUUUAUAUUCAGUGGCAUUCAACUUUUUUUGCUUGUUCUGUUCUGUCCCAAGUUUUAUACAAUGUAAUAAAAAUCACUAUUUGUUUCCAA